AUGAGCCCGGCCAGCUCGGAGGUGGAAGAGCCACCAACCAAAAAGCUGAAGUUGAGCGAGGCGGAGAACAAUGGAGAUCGCGAGGAUCAACCUGCAGAAAACGGCCAGACCGACGUCACGUCGGAUGCGAAAGAUGCGACGGAUUUGAAGGUCAAGGAGGAUGAUGGCCAUUCCGCCCUCUCUAGCUUGCAGGAGGAGCUCGGAAAGCUGCGCCGCGAGAAUGAAGCCCUUAGGACCAGGGCUGGCCAGACUGCGACCCUGUUCCCUGUGCUUGGCGGUCACAAGGAGGAACUCGAUGAGAAAAGCGAGCUCAAAACAGUUGCGACCAAAGGGGAGAUCAAGAGGAUGAAGAUUGAAGCCAAAGAGGUCUUGUAUCGCCCUAUCUCGGAGGGGUUUGGCUUCAAGAUGUUGCAAAAGAUGGGCUGGAAGGAGGGCGAAGGGCUUGGCAAAGAAGAGAAGGGCCUAGCCACACCGCUUUGGGUGGAUCCACGCGAAGGAAGAAGGCCUCUCUCAAGAAUGGUGUUUGAGAAGGUGAGCUUCGGAGGUGGUUUGUUCUCCGCGCAGUCGGGCGAGUCCAGACCUCCUCGCUCAGCUGAAGAUGAGGAGCUGCCGCUGGCAGCGAACCCCUUGCGCUUUGUGAGUGAAGGCGGCGCGGUGGAACGCAUUAGCUCGAACUUGAGGGGGUUGGGGUUUGUUAGUGCCCAAUCCAGCGCAGGAUGCGGAGCCAGCAUGGCCAAUGGCAGCCCUGCUGGGAGCUCUACUGGCAACAUGAUGCACUUCCAAAGGGCUACGGCACCCCGACCGAGCGUGGCAAGCGUGGCACCAGCAUUGUUUGGCCUAAUGGCGGAUGAGCGGUGGCAGAACAGGUCGGGUGGUGCGGCGAUGUUGGGCGAGCUGCUUGCAGAGGCGGAUUCCAACUGGGAGAAGAAGGGGAUGCGGGAUGAAGGACUGAGGAGAGCUUGGCGGAUUGCAGCCUUGGUGAUGUGA